AUGCGCACUAACGGAACUGCUGUCUCUUUUCGUUGCCACAAACAAACGCCAACAACAUCUCUAACCUUCGCGUGUUUCUCGCCGAAGUUGAAUAUUGUCAAAGAGAUAAAAUCUUCAAGAAACUGA